UUCAAAAAGAUAAAGAAGACAAGAAAAUACGUACAUUUCCUUCUUGUGACAACUCAAGCCAACUGACAAUUUCAAGGAUGCCAAAUUGGGGAGGUGGAGCCAAAUGUGGUGCAUGUGACAAAACAGUCUACCAUGCUGAGGAAAUUCAGUGUAAUGGACGGAGUUUUCAUAAGACCUGUUUCCUAUGCAUGGGUUGCCGAAAAGCUCUGGACAGCACAACAGUAGCGGCUCAUGAAUCUGAAAUCUACUGCAAAACAUGUUAUGGGAGGAAAUAUGGUCCCAAAGGGAUUGGCUAUGGGCAAGGCGCUGGUUGUCUCAGCACGGACACAGGAGAUCAUCUGGGGUUGGAUCUACAGCAGCACUCACCAAAACCAGGUCGUCCUUCUACCCCUACCAACCCUUCAAAAUUUGCCAAAAAGUUUGGAGAUGUAGAAAAAUGUCCUCGUUGUGGAAAGUCAGUGUAUGCUGCAGAGAAGAUAAUAGGAGGAGGAAAGCCUUGGCACAAGACCUGCUUCCGAUGUGCUAUUUGUGGAAAAAGUCUAGAAUCUACAAAUGUUACAGACAAAGAUGGAGAGAUUUAUUGUAAAGUUUGCUACGCAAAGAAUUUUGGCCCUAAAGGAAUUGGAUUUGGUGGCCUCACUCAAGUUGAGAAGGUGGAAUAAGAUGCCAUGCUAAGAUCUCAUUUAGGCCUAUCUAAAUAAGUAACAAUGAAAGGUUUAAUUUCUUACACAGUGGUUAUAAUGUUGUGGGAAAUCAUUUUUGAAAAACAGCAUUUCAUUCCUGAACAAGAGCACUCCAGAACAUUAAGAUGUGGAUUAUUCAUAAAUAAUUUUUGAAUCAAAAUUCUGGUUAUUUUAUCAAGAUAAUUGCACAGACAAUGCUGACACUAUUAUUUUUAGAGUUGUGCUAAUUAAGCAAAACUCAAUUCCUAUUCUUUAUCAUACAUCAUAUGAAAGAUCAACCAAGUGAAGAUGGAACAUGAAAUAUAGGCAAGUCUACCAGCAAGUAUAAUCUCUAUAUUAUUUUUUAAUUUUAAUCCUCUCAAAACUUUGUUGUCUUUUUUGGGAAAAGCUGAUUGGUUAUUCCAUCUUUAAGCAUAUUUUACUGAAGACCAGCACUACUUAUAAAUGUGCUGUGCUGCAUAAAAGAUAGAAGUGUAAUUAAAUUGUGAGCACUAAGACAAAUAUUUCAUUCAUCAUUUCUCAAAUUACUUUAACACAGUACUCUUAUUGUAAUUUUACUUAAACUUUGCACUCAAUCAAAAAUACAGUUUUAAUCUGCAUUUAUCUGAGGUAACUUUUAUUCUGUUCCACUCUGGCAUGAACAUCAGCAUGCACCAGACUUGCACUGCAUGUCAAAUUUACCAAAAAACUUGUUGUGCAAUAGUCACACCUAUCAGAAAGCUUCACAAUCAAUCUAUUUUAUCUGUUUUUAUAUGCAUUAGGUCAACUCAAAAAAAAGUAUGACAUUACUGCAUGUAUUGUUCAGUGUCAGUGACUGUUAUAUUUUCCUUUAAAUAUUUAAAGCCAGUAAUGCAUUAAAGUUUUAACUGAAAUGUGAGCAUAAAUAUGUCAAAUCUAAACAGGCUUAAUGUAGGUUAGGGCUAUGCAGUGCUUUGGAUACAAUUUCCAAAAGGUGCUUCAAAGACCAUGAGAUUGCCAACAUAGCACCUGACUGCAAUACUUUAUAAAGCAGCCACAUUUUUUCCUACGGUUGAUCACAAGCCACUUUGAGGGAUUUGAUCUAAGCACUGCAUAGCUAUACAUCAACAGAGAAGUAUAAUAACUUGCUAUGAAUUAUAAAUUAGGUUUCCUGUAAUAGCAUAUUUUGAUAUUUCAAACCAUCUUUAUUUUCUUUACCGAGUGUAAAUUUUGAAGGCUGAAAAUAAAUGAAUCAUAGAU